UGAGGUGUGUGCUCCAAUGACCUCGGGGUCACAUACCACCCAAAGGGGCUAUGCAGUUUUGCUGACCAUGUAGAUGUUUAAAUCAAAACCCUGCCAAUCAGAGGUGGGUGGUGGGAGGGAGAAGAAGAGAGACGAUAGGGGGAAGGAGAGCGUGUUUCUGAGCCAUGGUCAGAUGGGAGAGAGCUAAGUGGUGGGUGUGUGCAAAGACUUGAAAUAUGUUGAAGAGAUGAGUGUGUUAUCUUUUCUCCUUGCCACUGGCGGUCCAGUACCUCCCCUCGCGCUGUGUCGUCAGCAGUUUAUCUCAGGGCCUGGCUGGAGCAGUGAGGGAAAAUGGGAGGAAAUCUGAUCCAUAUGGUGGCACUAUAAAGCUCACGGCUGAUUUGCAGGCUUCAUCAAAACGGGGUCAAGGCUUCAUCCCCACUCAUGACUAGCAUCCUCCUCUCACACCUGGUCCCUGCGAUCUGAACUUCUUACUCUCUCCUCAGCAGCACCUGCGCUUAUCUGCCUGAACCCUGUGGUGCCUCAGAAACUAUCUUCAAAGCUGAUUCGUCUUAAAGAAAGAUGAAGAUAUUGGGCAAGGUUGCUUUCUUGCUUUUGCUCGGGGGAAUGUGGUGUCAGAACAACCGUAAUACUAAAGCUGGUGGCAAGUCCACCAAGAAGUCUGGUGGAAACCAAGGCGGUGAUGUUGGCCAGUCUCUCCCUGUGGUUGAUCCGACUCAUGGAAACACUGGAAGCACCACAGGCAUAGGAAGCACGAGAGGCACAGCUGAAGCAGCACCGGAGGGUGCUGCAGGAGCUCGAAACGCUGGACAACAGACAGAUGAUAUGAGGCUGCACUUCCUCAAGAACACCCAAGUGACAUGUAAUGAUGGAACGGCAGCUGGGUUUUACCUAAAGGAGUUCAGAGGAAGCCGCCGAUGGCAGUUAUUUCUGGAAGGUGGCUGGUGCUGCCACAGCAAAGAGACCUGUGAUUCCAGGUACCAAAAUAUACCUCGACUAAUGAGCUCAUCGCGGUGGCCCCAAACAAAAAGAGGAACUGGAAUAUUGUCUUCUCAAGCAGAGGAAAACCCACACUGGUAUAAUGCAAACAUUGUAUUCAUCCCAUACUGUUCCAGUGAUGUGUGGAGUGGCACUGGGCCUGCCCCGACCCCUCCUCCAAGGCCACGACAAGGCAGAGAAAAAGAGAGGGAUAGAAAUACAAAUGCAACUGAGUACACCUUCAUGGGAUCCCUGAUCAUCCGCGAGGUCAUCAAAGACCUCAUCCCCAAAGGAAUCAAGCUGGCUAAAGUUGUCAUGCUGUCUGGCACAAGUGCUGGUGGAACAGGUGUUUUGCUAAACAUUGAGAGGGUGGCCAGUCAGCUGGAGCAACUCGGUGCAGAGGCUCAGGUUCGAGGCCUCGUGGACUCUGGGUGGUUUCUAGAGAGUAAACAGCAGAGAUCCCCUAACUGCCCCGAGACCAUUUCCUGCUCACCUGAAGAUGCUAUUAAGAUAGGACUCAGGCUCUGGAAUGGGGUUGUGCCUGAUAGAUGUCGGCAGCUCUAUAAGAGAGGAGAGGAAUGGCAGUGCUUCUUUGGCCACAAACUGUACUCUACCUUGACCUCCCCUCUGUUUGUCGUGCAGUGGCUGUUUGAUGAAGAGCAGCUGAGAGUGGAGAACAUCUACAUGGGAGGACAGAGUCUGUCUGAGGAGCAGUGGCAGUACAUACAGAACCUGGGCAGGGAGCUCAAGAACUCACUGACAGAUGUCACGGCUGUGUUUGCUCCGUCCUGCCUUUCCCACACAGUGAUUACUAAAAGCAACUGGAUGAGUUUCCAAGUUAAAGGCACGUCUCUGCCACGGGCCCUGCACUGCUGGGACAGAAGUCUAGAAGCAACACGCAACAACAGAACCCCUGCUAAAGGCUGUCCUUUCCACCUGGUGGACACCUGCCAGUGGCCCCAGUGCAACCCCACCUGCCCAGCCUUGGUGGACCAGGCCACUCAGCAGGAGCUCACGCUGCUCCAGAUGCUGGUAGCCAUGGGCCUUGACCUCCAGAAGCUGGGCCUGGAUCCCCAGGGAGACGCAGAUUCUCUGGCCAGCAUGGUCAGCAAUGGUGGCUAAGCGUAAACAUGGAUAGCAGUUUAAGAGAUUAAGCUAAUAAAAGGCUUAAUAGAGGAAAGAAUGUGUUGAAGUUUUAAUGUAACCAUAGAAUUAGUACUGAAAUCUGGUUACUACAUCUUGUGCUGCUCAGCAUUCCAUUAUGCUUCAUGUGUCUGUUAAAUUGGUGACCUGACUGGUGGGUAUGUCACUGUGUCUGAGUCUGAGUGGUUUGGCUGUCCCUCUGCUGGACACUAGAGGAAAGAGCUUUGGGUCUAAAUCAAAGGGGAUUCAGUUGUACUGGUUGAAUGGCUUUGAGAUUUUCCAGGUGACCCGGCAUAUUGUGCCUCCUCGAACACACUUCUAUCCUGAUCACUCUACAUGAAAGUCCAACUUCAGAGUAGUAGAGUUGAAUACUCUUAAUGAAUAAAGGCUUCCGCAAAGAGGGAAACAAACUUUGACAGGACUCGUGAAAAAAAGAAACAUUUAUACCACACGUUCUGUAGUUGUUAACAUUUGAAUUAGCUUUAAAGAAAGAUUUAGUUGUGUUCUUUCUACCUAGAAGGCAUACUUUUCAUACAAUAGUAAUUAUUCAUGAUCUUCUAAAUGCUGAUUCUUUCGUAAAAUAAAACUCAGAGAACGCAAAACUACACUCACACUAACUCAAUCAUGUUUUGCAUAGUUCCAAAUACACUGAUUGUGAUUUGUGUGACUUAGUUUUAGCUCCUGAUGCUAUGCUAACUUAUAUAUAUUACAUAAUAUAUAUAUAUGCAUAUUUUAUAUGCACGUAAGAUGAUAGUGUGAUUAGUUAUUGAUAUUUUUCUGUGUAGCCCAGCAAGAGUUUGCCUAUUUGACAUGUCAACUGUCGAUAAAUAGAAAAAACUCUGUAAAAAAUCAACAACGCUGUGGUUAUUCACCGCUCAGUUGUAAGGAUAGUCUAUAUCUAGUGACAUACGUGGACAUAAUACAGACUAUGUAUUGCAAUCCUUUUUAAUUUUGUUAAAAAUGUACGCUUCUUAGACAACGCCAUGCAUGUUUCGCAAGGCAUUUACACAUGUUACUGUAUGUUUUAUUUUCAUCUAGGGACUGUAAUCACUGUGUCAAACAAUAAGGAUUUGACAAGAAUUGUACCCGCUGGUAACAAGUAUGAGACAGUCGUUGUUUAAGUUGAAACGACGAAUAAAAAUAUAA